AGUGCAAAACAAGUGUGUUUGUAUGAUUAAUACUGGAAUCCUCUGUUAACUUUUAAAAUUAUGCAGUGGUAAACGUUUUGUGUUUACAUAUUUAUUUGUUUAACGAUUUUUCAUAUAAUAUAAAGAGAGUGUGCUUUCUAUUGCUUUUUUUGUUACUGUAAUUUCCAUUGCAUUCGCUGCAGCAGGUGUUUCAUAGUAUUCGAUGGCCAGAAGUCGAUCCAGGUCACCUGCAAGAAGAGAAAGGCACAGAAGUAGAUCUCGAGAAAGAGAACGGGAACAUGAACGCAGAGCAAGAGGUCGAUAUCGUAGUAGGUCCAGAUCUCCAUCACCUCGACGUCGAAGAAGCAGAUCGCCUAUGCGCAGAAGGUCGAGAUCUCGUUCAUGGUCACCACCAAGGAGCCGAAGAAGUAGAUCGGGAUCAAGGGGACGUGAAAGCACUAAAGAUGCUCCCAAAAGAGCUGUUUCAAAAUUUCUGAUGGAAAGAACACCAAUAACAGAUAAAGAUCUUGAAGGAAAGACUGAAGAAGAAAAGGAAAUGAUCAAAUUAAUGGGUUUUGGAAAUUUUGACACAACUAAGGGCAAACACGUACCAGGAAAUGUAGCAUAUGGCGUCCAUGUUAUACAAAAAAGAAAAUACAGGCAGUACAUGAACAGGAAAGGUGGUUUCAACAGACCUUUGGAUUUUGUUGCUUAAUUUUUAUGUGAAUGCAAUUGGAAAAAAAUUGUAAAUUAUGCUUUUUGUGUAUUAAAAUUGUCAGUUGCUAUUAUUUUUUGUAAACCAUUUAGAAAUAUUUAAAUGUUCCAUUUUUUUUU